AUGGCUAACCAGCGGCGCCAAUGCGUCGUGAAAAUCGAGGUUACCUUGGUCCUCGUCGCCCGCCAGCUCUUCCAGGAUCCCCUACCGAUCAAACAAUCAGUGCGAGGAGAUCCGUCGCCGCCGGCCGCGACCGCUGGAUCUCCUCAAACAACAGCUGCCACGUCGUGCUCACCGCAUACCGAAUGCUGGCAUUGCGCCGCAGAUCCGUGGAAUCUUCAUUCUGGAGAAGCGGGAUCCGCUUUGACUCGCUCUCAUGGAACAGCCGAGGGUAUGCUGAUGCGGUAA